UUAAUUGCAAACUCUAAAAUUCCCAACUCUGUCGUAUCAGGCUUUGCCCAAAAUACCCUUUUCUUCAUUCAAUGUCAGCUGAGUUAACGUCACCGUAAAGGAAUUCGGCCCAGGGACCUGUUCGUUAGAACCUACGGCCGCCGCAACCGUGGUUUAAUCAGGACCCUCUCCGGCUCCCUAGACGACUCCGACUCUCCUACAAUUUCCCUAGAAACGGUACCGUCUGAGGACAUCUACAGCUUCCCUUUCGCCACUCAAGAGUCCUCUUCCUUCUGGCCCUACUCCCCAGAAUUCAACGACAACGUUUACAAGGACCGCGCUACAACUGCCGUUGAUCCAUCUCUAAGUGAUUUCCGUCUUGAGGAGAUCCAAGAAGCAGAAGCAAAACCAGAUCAAGAAAGAGGCAGGGGGUUUUUCUGUUCCCUGGAUUUCGCCCAGUUCGACAUUGAUGGAAGCUCAGGAAUUUGGGGAACACGUUGACGAGGUUAAUAUCGCGCUUGAUGGAUUGAAGAAAGGUCAACCAGUGAGGAUCAGAAGAGCGAGUCUCUUGUCUUUGCUUUCGAUUUGUAGCACGGCCCAGCGAUGGAGAGUUUUGAGAACUCAGGGAAUGGCAAAGACAAUACUUGAUGCUAUUUUGGGUCUUAACUUGGAUGACACCCCAAGCAGUCUUGCUGCUGUUGCCCUUUUCUACGUCUUGACUACUGAUGGUCAAGAUGGGAGUCUCCUGAAAUCACCUAGUUGCAUUCGCUUUCUACUUAAAUUGCUGAAGCCAGUCAUCCCCAUGGCGAAAGAAACCAAAACAGGAAAAAUAGGCUAUAAGCUUUUGGCAUUACACAAGGAUGUCGGCAUCUCACGGAAUACAACUAAAGUGUUGAAUUCAAGCUCUGCUGACAUUAUUUCCAAAGUUGAAGAAAUUCUUGUUAGUUGCAAGGAAAUGAAGUCAAUAUGUGGGGACAGUAGUGAUUUAAAAAGGCCUGAGUUAAGCCAGAAAUGGAUAGCUUUGCUGAUUUUAGAGAAAGCUUGUUUGUCAAAAAAUUCUCUUGAAGAUAUAACUGGCAUGGUAAGAAAAACUGGCUGCAGUUUGAAGGAGAAACUAAGAGAGUAUGGAGGACUUGAUGUUGUCUUUGAAGUGGCCAUGGAGUGCCAUUCUGGUUUGGAGGGUUGGGUGGAGCAGAGUUCAUCUUCUCCUCUUAUAGAAGAUAAAAAGGAUGUGCAGAGCCUUGUGCUGCUUUUAAAAUGUUUGAAAAUCAUGGAAAAUGCUGCUUUCCUCAGUAGCGACAAUCAGAGUCAUCUGUUGGAAAUGAAAGGGAAAUUGAAUUCUUAUGGAUCUAGAAUAUCUUUUGUGAAGCUCGUUAUAAGUGUAAUCAAGAUUCUCUCAGGGAUUUAUCUCAAGAUUUCUGCAUCGUCCGGUACUGAAAGGGCUUGCAGUAGUUCUCAGGCAAUGAGUGAUGCUGAUAAGUUUGCUCUAACUGCAGACUGUAAAGUUGAUAGACAUGAUGUUGUCUCCACCAGUUCGUCUGAAAAGUCCUCCAGCUUGGAAUGGUCCUUCUCUGGAAAGAGCUUUAAUACAUCCCAGAAUGAUCCAGGGACCUCCACUCUGUGGUUGGGUCAUUCUGUAUCUAGAUUGUUUGAUGGAAUACCUGGAAUAAGCAAUGGAUCAGAGACUCUUUGUGAGAGAUCUGAUCGUAGUAAAAAUGACAAACAGCAACUUUUAGAGGAUAGUCAAGAUCCUUUUGCAUUUGAUGAAGAUGAUUUUGUGCCCUCAAAGUGGGAUGUACUAUCUGGGGGGAAAAAGAUAUCUCGAACUAAAAGAUAUGAGAAACUUGAGCUAAGAAAUAGAAAAAUCCAAGAUGAGCAUCAUUACCAGUUUACAAUGAACCAACAAGAACCUAGGAAUGAGGAAAUUUGCCAGAUAGAAUUUAGCAAUGAAGAAUAUCUUCAUUGUAGGGCAGCUUCUGGUUCUCAAAGUACCGAAGAAGAAUAUUCCAACCUUAUCUCAGACUGUCUUCUUGCUGCUAUCAAGGUUUUGAUGAAUUUAACGAAUGACAACCCUCUUGGCUGUCAAAAAAUUGCUGCCUCUGGGGCCAUGGAGACCUUGUCUACAUUGAUUGCAAGCCAUUUCCCUUUAUUCUGCUCAUAUUUGCCUCGCGCCAGGAAAAUGGAAGAGGCUUCUCUUAGUGUAUAUCUUGAUGACCAGAGUGACGUACCGCUUACUGAUCCGGAGUUAGAUUUUCUCGUAGCCAUACUCGGUCUGCUUGUAAACCUAGUGGAGAAGGAUGAACAGAACAGAUCACAGCUUGCAGCAGCUUCUGUUUCUUUACCAAAUUCAAAAGGGUCAAGAGAGGGGAGUCGUAUGGCUGUAAUUCCAUUGCUAUGUUCCAUCUUCCUCGCAAACCUAGGAGAAGAUGAUGAAGCUGGGGAAGUUCUGCCUGGGAAAAAUGAAGAUGCCUUGCUACAAGGAGAGAAAGAAGCGGAGAAGAUGAUUUUAGAAGCCUACGCAGCUUUACUACUUGCAUUUCUUUCUACAGAAAGUAAGAGCACUCGAAAUGCAAUUGCUGAUUGUCUCCCGAAUCGCAGUUUGUCGAUUCUGGUACCUGUGUUGGAGAGAUUUGUGGCGUUUCACUUGACAUUAAACAUGAUUUCUCCAGAGACUCAUAAAGCUGUGAGUGAAGUGAUCGAAUCGUGCAGGAUACCAUGAUAACUGAUGAAACAUUUUGUACAGCCUAAGCCCUCCAUUUUAGGUUAUUAGAAGUUUGUUUUCACAGAAUGCAGACCGCACCCGCCGACAGGGACGCGAUUGGUCCGGCCAGCAAACUAUAUUGAAAUGAACCACAUAUCUCUGUUAUAGUCCAUUGACCCUUUAGUUUGCUUUCUCCCUCGCAUUGUAAAAAUAAUGUUAAAUGAACAUAUAUGUAUUAUAUUUUUAAUUUGAAUAUAACAGAGGGACCAAAAUCAUAAUUUGGCUCUUACAAUA